UCAACUAUCAACUUUUAAGCCUGGUUCUUGCCAUCGUUUUUGCCCUAACUUUAAACAGGCGGGGAGAGCAAACUUCUUUUCGCUUGUAUAACUACGCUUUUCUUCUACUCGUUCUCGCCCUCUCUAUCGAUCUACAAUCCGCCAUAUCUGUGCCUCUUCUUUUCUUGCUUGAUUUUUGAAGAAUGGAUAGUGCUGGGUUCUCAUGGAAAUUGGCUGAUCACCCGAAGCUCCCAAAGGGCAAAACUGUAGCUGUUGUUGUUUUAGAUGGCUGGGGCGAAGCCAAUCCUGACAAAUAUAAUUGCAUUUAUGUUGCAAAGACACCUACUAUGGAUUCUCUUAAAGAAGGUCUGCCUGAGAAAUGGAGAUUGGUAAGGGCUCAUGGUACUGCUGUAGGGCUUCCUACAGAAGAUGACAUGGGUAACAGUGAAGUUGGUCACAAUGCUCUUGGUGCCGGACGGAUAUAUGCCCAAGGUGCUAAAUUGGUGGACUUUGCGCUUGCAUCUGGGAAAAUAUAUGAAGGAGAAGGGUUCAAGUACAUCAAGGAAUGCUUUGACAAGGGCACCUUGCAUCUUAUUGGGUUACUGAGUGAUGGUGGUGUUCAUUCUCGACUAGAUCAGUUGCAGUUAUUGCUUAAAGGUGCCAGUGAGCAUGGCGCUAAGAGAAUACGUGUGCACAUAUUGACUGAUGGGCGUGAUGUAUUGGAUGGGUCAAGUGUGGGCUUUGUGGAGACUCUUGAGAAUGACCUUGCAAAGCUACGAGAGAAGGGCGUAGAUGCACAGAUCGCCUCUGGUGGGGGCCGGAUGUAUGUUACCAUGGAUCGUUAUGAGAAUGACUGGGACGUGGUUAAAAGAGGAUGGUAUGCCCAUGUCCUCGGUGAAGCACCUUACAAGUUCCGUAGUGCCUUGGAGGCUGUGAAGAAGCUCCGGGAGGACCUAAAGGUCUCUGACCAGUACCUUCCUCCAUUUGUUAUAGUAGAUGAGAGUGGAAAGCCAGUGGGCCCAACUAUGGAUGGGGAUGCUGUUGUCACCUUCAACUUCCGAGCUGAUCGUAUGGUUAUGCUUGCCAAAGCCUUGGAAUAUGAAGAUUUCGACAAGUUCGAUAGGGUUCGCUUCCCAAAGAUCCGAUAUGCCGGAAUGCUCCAGUAUGAUGGUGAACUAAUGCUUCCUAGUCAGUACCUGGUUUCGCCUCCGGAAAUAGAGAGAACAUCUGGUGAAUAUUUAGUCCACAAUGGCAUUCGCACUUUUGCGUGCAGUGAGACUGUGAAGUUUGGGCACGUCACCUUUUUCUGGAAUGGGAAUCGUUCUGGGUGUUUUAACCCGAAAUUGGAGGAAUAUGUGGAGAUUCCAAGUGAUAGUGGAAUCACAUUCAAUGUCCAACCAAAGAUGAAGGCAUUGGAGAUUGCAGAGAAGGCAAGAGAUGCCAUCCUUAGCGGCAAAUUUGAUCAGGUCCGUGUCAACCUUCCAAAUAGUGAUAUGGUGGGACACACGGGUGAUAUUGAGGCAACGGUUGUUGGCUGUGAGGCUGCUGAUGAAGCUGUGAAGAUGAUACUUGAUGCGGUGGAGAAAGUGGGUGGAAUCUACCUUGUUACUGCUGAUCAUGGGAAUGCAGAGGAUAUGGUGAAGAGGGACAAGAAAGGCAAACCUCAACUAGAUAAAGCUGGCAACAUUCAGAUCCUUACUUCUCACACUCUCCAACCUGUUCCUGUCGCUAUUGGAGGGCCUGGAUUAAAACAAGGAGUAAGAUUCCGAAGUGAUCUCCCUCAAGCUGGGCUUGCAAAUGUUGCUGCCACUUUUAUGAAUUUUCACGGUUUCGUCGCCCCCGAUGACUAUGAGCCCACUCUUAUCGAGGUUGUCGACAACUGAGCUCGGAGUAAUCAUGGAUUUACUUAUUUAUUACUCAAUAUUAAAACCCUUCAAGCUCGAUAUUUAUUCAAGGGUUUAAUAUUGUGUUAUUUAUUACUUCUUUUUGCCAUAUAAAUCUGGUAGAUAUGGGGAAGUUCCUUGUACGAGACUGGAUAUUAGGUCUUUUUGACUUCAAAGAGAAGGCCUAUGUAAUUGGCCUCUUUCUCUAUUGUUUUUUUUUUUUUAAAAAAAAAAUAAUUCUGCAUCGA